UACAGUAUUACAUCGUAUAACGUUUCUUUGUUCGACCUCAAAUAAUUCUUUGGUUGUGGAUUUCGAUUUCUGUUGUUUUGCCUUAGAAGAAAGAGUUUUCUAGGGUUUUUAGGGUUUUCUAUUAACUGCUAAUCUCGCUCUUUCAAGGAAAAUUAGGUCUUUUCUUAUAGACAGUAUUGACUCUUUCUUGGAUUAGUGAUCUCGAGCAAGAAGCUGAAUCCUAGCGGAGAGUAGGUUUUAAUUGAUUGGAUUUGUCGAUCCGAUGAACGAUCAGUCCCAGAUGAUGAGUCAGUCUCAAAUGUUGAAUCGUAUUUAUGGAAUCUGGCCGCAGCCACCUCCGCUGCCACAGCCGCCUGAAGAUCCUGUUAAGUUUCAGAAUGCUUCACGGCAGGCUUUUGUGGCAACGAAACCUGGAAGGGGAAAUUGGAAAGGGAAAAAGUACGUUGAUAAACGGAAAGGUCGCAAGGAGAAGGGCGUGGUUAUCAGUGGCAACGCUACGGGUGGUGGUGGUGGAGGAGGAGGAGGUUACAAACCCCCAACCUUACAUGAACUGCAGUCUCAAAAUCGAUUGAAGGCUCGUAGGUUCUAUCCGAAGAAGAAGUUCAAUCGUUUUGCUCCAUUUGCCCCAAGGAACACGUCAUCUUUCAUAAUCCGAGCCAAGAAAUCUGGGGGAAUUGCGUCACUCGUUUCCCCCUGUCCUGUAACCCCAGCGAUUCUCCCAACUCCAAUAUUCUCUCCGUCUAGGGAGGUUCUUGGUGACAUGGCCAAGGAAGAGUGGGGGGUUGAUGGAUAUGGAUCGAUGAAGGGUUUGAUUCGGCUUCGAUCGCCUGGUCAUGAAGCCCGUGAGGAUAUCCGUGAUGAUGAGGAAGAAGAUGAAGGAGGGUCGAGCGAGAGUGAUGUUGAAGAACAUGUUGAGGUGGAGAGGAGAUUGGAUCACGACUUGAGCCGUUUUGAGAUGAUUUACCACCCAAACUGUACUGACGAGCACGCGAACCUGCUGGAGAAUCGGGUGGACGAUCAGGGCUCACACAUAGCACAGCUGGAAGAGGAGAACCUGACACUGAAGGAGCGGCUUUUCUUGAUGGAAAGGGAGUUGGUAGACUUGAGGAGGAGACUGUUGUGCUUGGAGACGGGAAAUCGAGCGCCGGAGGAAAAUAACGAGGAAGCGUCUGAGAACGUAUCAGAGAACGAAGGGGGUUGGGAUGUCUCUUCGGAGAAGAGCGUCGGUGACGGUGAAGGAUUGUAAUCGUCCCGCGUGGAUUAAGUCUCUUCUCUGUUCAGAUUUUCUCUGGGGAUUCAGAUUCUUAACUCUUGAUGUUGUUUGUGCAAAUUUUUGUAUAUACGACCUCUUAGGAUGUUAGAUUUGUCUACUUGCUUCCUUC